AAAUACGUGAAGGUUAAAAUGUGGAACGAAAGAAAUACUACGAACAUAAUUUCAGUUAAAAGGUGGAAUGAGAGAAAUAAUAUUAACAUAACUUAUUUUACCUUAGACAACAACAGCUGUAAAAUAUUUGUAAAACCAUGUCGGACGAGAAACAGUCGAUGAAAAAAACAUUAGAGGAAAACAAGAGUAGGGCUAGGAAGCAAUUUGCCGUCACAGCCGUAUUCAUUGCCGUAUUUUAUGCUGUUGGGAAUACGAUACCAUUAGAUACGUCUGAACUAACGACACCAACAGAUCGACUGAUUUACACAAUAAGAUGGUUAUUCCUUUCUUCAUCGACAAUGAUGUUUGCGAUGUUUGGAGUGUUGAGAGUCCGGGGCAGUACAGACGCCAUUGAUCCAUUAAAUGGCUCUUCUGAAAAUUUGGUAGAACUGCCAAACCGAAUUUUACGAAAUACAACAGAACAAUUGGUACUCCAUGCAUCAGCGGUUUUGACCCUCUGUACUUUUAUGGACGAAAACAGUAUGCGAAAUAUUCCUCUUCUAGUCAUACUGUUUAUUCUUGGAAGAUUACUGUAUGCUAUUGGAUUUAGUUCUGCUCCUAUGAACAGAGCUCUUGGAUUUAGCAUGACAUUUUGGCCUACGAUGGCAACAUAUAUGUAUUGUACAUAUUGUGUAAUAACCACAUUCAUAUUUUAGAUUGAACAUGUUUUGUAUAUUGAAUGUAUGUCCAUUUGUA